GGGCAGUUAAUGCACGGCAGGACAGCAGUCAACAUCAGUAGGCUCUAGGAGCAUAAGAUUUGUUUUGCAUUGAUUGCUGAAGAAGUGCAGCAAAAACAGCAAUGUUCUUACGAUGUAUACCGUGGCUGUUGUACGGCAUGGCUGUGGCUCCGUCCUGCGAGGUGCCCUCUGCACUGGACCUGAAGCUGAUGAAGGAGGUGACUGUCAACCUCAGCGAGAACCACGCCAUCUCUCCGUUCGUCAUGUCCACCCUGAUGUCUCAGGUCUGGCUGGCCACCAACGGCUCCACAAGGGAUGAGAUAACGCCUGUGUUGGGCGUGACUCAGCCGGCGCCUCUGUCGUUCCUGACCGCCUACAAGUCUGCCAUCAGCUACCUGUCGAGCUCCUCCGCAUCCAGCCAGCUCACCACCUCCGUCUUCAACCGGAUGUACGUCAGGAGCGGCUUCAGCGUGAGGCCCACCUUCACCAACUACCUGACCGCCUACUACGGAAACACCGUGGGCACCUUCUCCACACCGGCACAAGGUGUGACGCUCAUCAACGGAGAUGUCGCGGCGGCCACCGAAGACCGCAUACAAGACCUCGUGCAAAUCAGUCAUCUGCGAUUGGCAGAAGUGGUUCUGGUUAGCGCGAUGUAUUUUAAAGGUGUUUGGAAGCAGACAUUUCCUCCUGCCGCGCCUGGUACGUUUCUGACGGGGAAUGGAGAGAAGCAGGUUAACAUGAUGAAACUGAAUCUGACCGAGUUACAGUAUGCAAAUAUGGGUACAUAUGAUGUUGUGGCUCUUCCGUAUACGGAUGAGGAUUAUUGUAUGCUUUUGAUUAGACCUUUGGAGCGUAGCAUGUCGGCAGUAACUGCGCUACGAAACUCCCUGGGCACCCUGAGCGUGAACAGUAUUGUUCAACAAUUGGUCAGGCAGCCAGUCUAUGUUACGCUUCCUCGUUUCAAGAUUGAAUCAGAUUAUUCUCUGGUUGACGAUAUGCAGCAGUUGGGUAUUAAGCAGAUAUUCAGUGCUGGGGCUGACUUCAGUAGUCUAACUGAUGACUGGCAAGGUCUCUUCGUGACCGCCAUUCUUCACAAAGUGUUCAUUGAAGUCAACGAGAACGGCACAGAGGCAGCAGGAGCCGGUGCCGUGAUCAUUGGUCGCGGAAAUCCGCCCGCAGAUUUCAAAGCAGACCGACCGUUCUUUGCAGUGGUGUACAACAAGGAGCACAAAAUCAACAUGUUCACGGCAUAUGUGGGUGAUCCUACACAGGUAUAGGAUUCUAUUCCACCCAGCGUUGCCUGCUGGUUACAUCACAAUAUUGGCUAUGGCUCUAUGAAGUUGAAACGGCAAUGUCGGAACCCGCGGUCUUUGUGCGAGCGCAAUAUUGAGGGGCGUUUCACACCAAUUAGGAAAAGCUCUCUGCACUGAUAGUGACCAAAAUGGGUGCAUAGCAUCUGGGUUUUAUCUGAUGCCAUGAUGUGGUAGGUAUUUUAUUAGGUAUUUUCUUGAAUCGUUCGACAGUUUUUGGCUGUCACCUAGCAGUUCUCUGAAGAAAAAAGACGAAAUAGAGUGAUGUUUGUGUUAUUCAUUUAUGUUUAUAAUAAAGAAUUCGCUUCAUGGACAA